GUGACGUCAUAAAGGCUGCGCUGUAAAUUGGGGAAAUUAAGGAGCUAACCGCAUCAUCGUAAUCUCUGGAGGCUGUCAGGACAGCACGGGGUUGUUUGAAUCAUGAGUGAACCAGAAGCACGCAGAAUAAAAAGUGAAGAUACGGAGGAACAGAUAGACCUGAUUGAAGUGAAAGAGGAAAAUCUAGAGCUGAAUGAAGUGGAGGAGAAACACCAGAAUCAGGAACCUUAUAAUUCCAUAACUGGAGAAGAAUCUUCUAUUUGCUUAAAGACUGAGAAUAAGUUUUCAGUAAAAAGACCAGAAGUAGAAAAUUCUUUGACCUGCAUAAAAACUCAAAAAUGGCAUCUUCAGGAUCAUAAAAGGACUUACUCUGAAGAAAAGAUUUUCACAUGUCCUCAAUGUGGAAAGAGUUUCAUAAAAAAAGAAAGCCUUAAGUAUCACAUAAAAAUUCACUCUGGAGAAAGUCUUUAUACAUGUCAUCAUUGUGGAAAGAGUUUCACAUAUAAAGCACAUCUUGUGGAGCACAUACGAAUUCACACUGGAGAGAAGCCUUUCACGUGCCCUCAGUGUGGAAAGAGUUUCACACAAAAAGGACAACUGAACCGUCACAUAAAAAUUCACACUGGAGUGAAGCCUUUAAAAUGCCAUCAGUGUGGAAAGAGUUUCAAAAAAAAAGAAAGCCUCAAGUAUCACAUAAAAGUUCACUCUCGAGAAAGAUGUUAUACAUGUCGUCAUUGUGGGAAGAGUUUCAUAUAUAAAGCACACCUUGAGGAGCACAUACGAAUUCACACUGGAGAGAAGCCUUUCACGUGCUCUCAAUGUGGAAAGAGUUUCAAACAGAUAAGACAUCUUAAAAGCCAUUUAAAUAUUCACUCUGGAGAGAAGCCUUUCACAUGUCCUCAGUGUGGAAAGAGUUUCUUACAAAAGGUAACCCUUAAGUAUCACAUGAGAAUUCACACUGGAGAGAAGCCUUUCAUAUGCCCUCAGUGUGGAAAGAGCUUCAUAAAAAAAGAAAGCCUUAAGUAUCACACCAAAAUUCACUCUGGUGAAAGCCUUUAUACAUGUCAUCAUUGUGGGAAGACUUUCACAUAUAAAGCACACCUUGAGGAGCACAUACGAAUUCACACUGGAGAGAAGCCUUUCACGUGCCCUCAGUGUGGAAAGAGUUUCACACAACAAGGACAACUGAACCGUCACAUAAAAAUUCACACUGGAGAGAAGCCUUUCACUUGCCCUCAGUGUGGAAAGAGUUUAAAAAAAAAAGAGAGCCUGAAGUAUCACAUAAAAAUUCACUCUCGAGAAAGAUGUUAUACAUGUCAUCAUUGUGGGAAGAGUUUCACAUAUAAAGCACACCUUGAGGAGCACAUACGAAUUCACACUGGAGAGAAGCCUUUCACGUGCCCUCAGUGUGGAAAGAGUUUCACACAAAAAGGACAAAUUAAUCGUCACAAAAGAAUUCACACGGGAGAGAAGCCUUUUACGUAAAACAUCAGUGUGUAAAGAGUUUCACACGGGCACAAAGUUUCAAAUUUCAUCAGCAGUUUCUCUCUGGAGAAAAGCAAUUUAACUGUGAUCAGUGUGGACAGAAAUUUGUUUCAUCAAACUUUAGAAGACACCUUAAAACUCACUCAAAUGAGAAGCCCUACUUGUGUUAAAUUUGUGGGAAGAAUUUUGUGUUUGCCAAGUAUUUAAAUGUCCACCAGAUAAUACAUAUAGGUGUUAGAGCUCAUGUGUGCUCGGAGUGUGGAAAAGCCUUUACUAGACUUAAAGAAUUGAAGCGGCACAGAAGAAUCCAUCCAGAAUCCAUCCAAAAUUGUCACAAUAACAGCUUUAUCUCAUGAAAAUGACGUGACUUUGGCAACAUUUUUGCAAAAUGAUAUUGCUGCAGUUCCAUGGUGAAAUGUCCACUCUUCUGCAGUUGAAGAGUCUGGUCUUGCCUUCUCAGUCUGUCAUUGUGCCACUUGUAAGGUGGGUUUUUCCAACUACAGUGGUUCGAGCUGGAGGAAUGCAGAGGUGACUAAAGAAAUGUUAACAGCAAGAUUGAAUAAAACCGUGCAUUUCUAGUCUAGUACCACCUUCUGCUAAUUAUACCAAUGAUGGAAAUGAGCACAGUUAGAAUAGCUAAUAAUGUGGGAGAGCAUUGUUUAGAACCGUACUAUGACCUUAUUGUUAUGCAGUAUGGAGCACUUGAAAGUACUGUAUAUAGUUUACACCGUGCUAGAAACUAGACAUCGAUUAAUUUGAUAAUUUUUAAUAACAGUAAUGUGUUAAAAGGUUACUUUAGAUGGUUACAAUUUAGAUAUAAUUGUUACAAAUUGGAUGUAUGAAAUAUGUGUAUGUAUAUGAAACCAGUAUGGAUAUUAUCUGAGUGAGAGGAUGGAGGAUAGAAAGAGAGAGAGAGAGAGAUGCCAUUGAGAGCUAGAGUCUGGCCUUAUGGCCUGUAACUCAGUCACCCAAGAUCAGAGAGAAGAGAAAAUAGCCCAGAGCAUAAGUUAUAAUCCUCUUUUAUCCAUUCCUUGACCAUAAACAGACCAGAUACAUUCAAACUGACUAAAGAGCAGACCAGCUUUAACCCCCAUUGUAUUCUAAUUUUGGCCAUUUGCAGAGUCCCAAUACACAAACACCUCAGCCAACAGGCUGAUAGAUCACUAUGAGCACCCUCUGUAUGUCUUGGAAUGCAAGAGGUGGUCUGUUUUCACAAAGGAAUAUGGGUUGUAACACAGAAAUGAAAUUCUUUGUUAAUUUUUAAUCCUACACACUGGAGCAGAGUGGUCCGAUUCACCUCCACCAGUUGCAGAUUUGUGUUUUGCAUAAUAGCAGCAGAUGUGGGAGACGGGAAAUUUAGUGCCAGAGCCGCUCAGAAAGACUCUAGAGUUUUCUCAGAAUGGAGCCAAAAACAUUUGUACAAUUGUAGUGAGCAGAAUAGCAUCUCAGAAUGCACAACAUGUCGAACCUUGAGGUGGAUGGGCUACAACAUCGAAAGACCACGUCGGGUUCCACUUCGGUCAGCCAAGAACAGAAAGCGGCAGUGGGCCUACCAUUUGUGUACCUCAACAGAAAUCGAGAUUCAUUAGACCAGGGUAUGUUUUUCCAGUCUUUAACUGUCCAGGUUUGGUGAGCCUGUGCCCACUGCAGCCUCAGCUUUCUGUUCUUGUCAAAAUCCCAGGAGAUCAGCAGUUACAGAAGUACUCAAACCAGCCCGUCUGGCACAAGCAAUCAUCCAUGCGAUUAUCUAAUCAGCCAAUCGUGUGGCUGCAGUGCAUAAAAUAAAUGCAUAUACGGGUCAGGAGCUUCAGUUAAUGUUCACAUCAACAAUCAGAAUGGGGAAAAUGUAAUCUCAGUGAUUUGGACCAUGGCAUGUUUGUUGGUGCCAGAUGGGCUGGUUUGAGCAUUUCUGUAACUGCUGAUCUCCUGGGAUUUUCACACACAAGUGUCUCUAGAAUUUACUCCAAAUGGUGCCAAAUACAAAAAACAUUCAGUGAGCGGCAGUUCUGUGGAUGGAAAUCUCUUGUUGAUGAGAAAGGUCAACAGAGUGGUUUGAACUGACAAAGUCUAUGGUAACUCCGAUAACUGCUCUGUACAAUUGUAGUGAGAAGAAUAGCUAUUCUGAGAUGCGGAUUGGUGCUGUUUUAGUAGCACGAGGGGAACCUACAUAAUAUUAGGCAGGUGGUUUUAAUGUUGUGACUGAUCGGUGUAUAUACACAACCUCAAUUUUGAAAAAGUUGGGACAGUAUGAAAAAUGCUAAUAAAAACAAAAAUGAGUGAUUUGUAAAUUAUAUUCACCCUUUGCUAUAUUGAAAGCACUACAACUACACGUUAAAUGCUGUUUUACCUUGUGAAUUUUAUUUAUUUUUAUUUUUUCAAAAGUACAGUCAUUUCAAAUCAGAUGAUUGCAACAUGCUCCAAAAAAGUUGGGACAGUUGAGUGUUUUCCACUGUGAAACAUCACCAUUUCUUCUAAUAGCACUAAUUAAGCAUUUAGGCACUGAAGACACGAGUUUAAGUUUAGAAAGUGGAUUGUCCCCCCAUUCAUCCAUUAUGCAGGUCUUCAGCUGCAAAAUUGUACGGGGUCUUCGUUUCCGUAUUGUGCGCUUCAUAAUGCACCAUUAUGAAGUAACAUUCUCAAUUGGAGAUGGUCAGGACUGCAGGCAGGCCAAUCUAGCACCUGCACGCUCUACUUCCACUACUACUUUACUUUCUACAUUUUUCACUGAUGUUACGUAAAAGGCUUCUCUCCUGUGUGAAUUUCGUAUGUGGUUUGAAGUUGUCCUGCUGGAAAAUGCUGGGACGUCCCUGGAAAAGACAUGCUGGAUGGCAGUACAUGUUGCUCCAAACUUUUUACAUAUCUGUCUGCAUUAAUGGUGCCCUCACAGAUUUACCCAUGCCAUGGGCACUGACACACCCCCAUACAGUGACAGACAGUGGCUUUUGGACCUGACGCUGAUAACAGUUUGGAUGGUCCUUUCCUCUUUGGCCCGGAGAACAUGACAGCUGUGUUUUUCAAAAACUAUUUGAAAUGUGGACUCGUUGGACCAUAAAACAUGGUUUCACUGUUUUACUUUCCGUCUCAGAUGAGGCAGAGCCCAGAGAAGUUGGCAGCGCUUCUGGACAGUGUUGAUGUAUGGCUUCUGCUUUGCAUAUUAAAGUCUUAACUUGCAUCUGUGGAUGCAGCGGCGAGUGGUGUUGAUUAACAAAGGUUUACUAAAGUAAUCCCAAGCCCAUGUACAUGAUAUCCAUUACAGAUUAAUUAUGUUUUUUAAGACAGUGACGUCUGAGGGAUCGGAGAUCAUGCACAUUCGUCUUGCCCUUUACGCACCAAGAUUCCUUGUUUUGACACUAUAUGUUUUAACUAUAUUGUGCAUUGUAGAGGGUGAAAUGCCCAAAAUCCUUCCAAUUUGUCUUUAUGGAACAUUGUUCUCAAAGUACUGGAUUAUUUGCUGAAGCAUCUGAUGGCAAAGUUGUUGUUAGUUGUAGUGCUUUCAAUAUAGCAAAGGGUGAAUAUAAUUUACAGAUCACUCCCUUUUGUUUAUAUUAGCAUAAAUCAUUUCCUCUCUUUGUUCAAACAUGCUAGUAUUUUACCUAACAAUUCUUAGCAACUGGAUCAAAGCUAUCUCAGAAAAACGCUUAUCUUUCCAAGAGUAACUUAAAACAACAUUUUCAUUUAACAUAUUUAACUCUAAACAGAACUUGAAACAGAAUUAUAACCCCAAAUUACUUGUAAAUGGCAAUUAAUAGCAUCCACAAAUAGUCCCCAAACCUUGCACAGACUUAACUUGUUAAUUAUUCAAAUAAUAACAAUAAUGGUGUUGUUUUUAAUGGUGUUUCAUGGUUUUGGUUGUUUUAUUAUUGUGUUGUUGGAAUUGAGGAGCUUUUGAUGUGGCGAUGCAUGUUGACUAAGUGUAUAGUCUAAUAUUUACAUAAAUGCAAAUGGACUGUGGUGUAAUUUAUUCAUUUAUUGCAGUUGUUGUCUGCUGGACUAUUUUGUUUUUGUGUUAUGAGAUCUUUAAUAAAACUUGGUCUAUUUCGAUUAGAA